UCUAUAAGAGGCGGGAGUGGACAAUUCGUGGACUAGUUAGUAGAUUGCUUUCCAGUGAAGGGGAAACCCCAGUUUUCCCAUUACUCUGUGAUGGGAUGUCAGGGUGUGGAAGGUGUAUCUGGAUCAGUGGAACUGGAGUCAGAGGGCCUGUGUUCCUGGAGUGGCUGUUAUUGACUGGUUGUUAAGUACCAGUUGUAUGUCGUGUGGCCUUAUGACUCCCUCUGGAAAAGGUAGGUGUCAUUGGAACCAGAGUUGCUGGUCAGUAUGAAAAGAGAAGACGGGGCCAGUGGUUGGGGUACUAAUAUGGGACUUGGAAGAUCUAGGUUCAAGUCCUUGCUCUGCCAGAUUUCCUAUAUGAACUUGGGCCAGUUGCAUAGCUGCUCUGUGCCUCAGUUUCCCACCUGUGAUGGCUAUAACAGCCCUAUCCUGCCCCACAGAGGAGUUGAGACACUCAGAUAAGUACCUGAGAGAGGGGCAGCCAUCAUACUGUGUGGAAUAACACAGGUGAGAUAUUAGUACAAACAGUUCAGGACAGGGCUGUGUUAUAGAGCCAGUUAGAGGCCUGCAGUGUGCUAAUAAAUUGUUCAGUCUGCAUUGCACGAUGCCUUCCAUAGUUACUUCUGCCAUCAUACUGGCUGUGUCCUGCCAUCCUUUCCUCAGUUUCAAUGGGAGUGAAACUGGGUCCAGUCACCAUUCAGAGAGUGGGGAUUAGAUCCAUGAGCACAUUCAGAAGCAUGUGAAGAGAAAGGGGCAGGUGGAUUGUGCAGUGCAGAUCAUGUGCAUUCUCAGUGGGUUUCACCUGGCAAGACUAAUUUCCUCUAGCAUAGAACUAUUCUGAGCUCUUGUACGAGAGGGUGGCAUUUCACACAGAGGUAUAUCAGAAGUUCCCACAGCACUGAGUCUUUCUCCCCUAUAGAAAUCACAUGUGAGUUCAAAAUAAGCCCUGAAUGGACUAAAUCCACUUCCCCAUUGUGUUAUAACAGGACCUAGUCUGCUAGAAUAUCAAGGCUACUGUUGAUCUCUUUACAUACAGACAGGUGUUUUUCAUUGAAAAAACUGCUAGGGAAUAGCCUGCAUCUGGAGCGUAAAUGCUGCAUGGCAGGGGUUGAGCCUCCUUUUGUGUUUGUCCAGAGCCAGGCGCCUUGUGGCCACUGUUGGAAACAGGCAGUGACACUUCGCUCUCUCCUAAAUGGCUUCCCACAGCAAGGUACUGAGAAAUUGACCAGAGGGAACACACAAGGAAACUGACUAGAGGGAACACCCACCCAAGAAAACUGACCCACUCAGGGCAUGAGAUCAGCAAUGCACCUCUUGUGCUCACCAAAAGCUCACCUGGUGGGGCACUUUUUGCAAUGUCUCAGCUGAUUCUGAUGAGUUUUCUUGGACAAACUGGCCAGGAUCAUGGUGCACAGAGAGAGAGAGAGACUGGGUGAGGGUCCAUCCUUCAGCUAUGAAUAUCUCCAGCCUGAGCAGCCAGCCAAGGCAACACGAGCCUCCGGUCUUGGCUGGAUUCACUGCGGGCUCUGUUGUCCUGGGUGAGACCAAGAAGGCUGACGCCCUUCCCAUGAUCAUGGUCAUUGUGAUCAUGUUCGUCCUCUUGGCUGUUGUCAUCAUUGUGCUGGUGCGCUAUGGCCCGCAGCUGUGCACGUUACAGGUCACCCUGUACCAUGAGCCCAUGCCGCAGGAUCUGGAGAAUGGGGUGCACCUAACAGAUUGGAAGAAACUGGGCUCCAAAAGGAAAAGCAGCAUGAUGCAGCCUGCUCAGAACUACCAGGGAGAAUCGGGCAGCAAUGACACUGCUACGCUGAGCACCCAGUGCUCCUGUAAGCACCAACUGCCCUGUGGAAACGCGGAGCCUAACGUCAUAGAGAUCACCUACCUGUGAAAUGGCUUGUGGUGGGGCCAGAGGCCAGCCCUGGUCAGACAGUCGCCAGGGGGACAAUGGCUCUGUUGGAGAAUAACAAUGUUGGGAGUUGACGAUUUCCAAAGACUCAUCAGUAUUCCAAUACUGUGGUUUUAUUGCCUCAUGAUCUGCAGUGGCUCAGACACACCCAAUACUCAGUUGUGUGUCCCAGGCGAAAAGCAGCUUCAAAUAAAUAGAUUUGGGUGGCUGUCACAAUGUGCGUUUGAAACACACUUUGGUUCUUUCAGAUGUGCACCCCGGAGGGACCAGACAAUGCUUGUUUCCAAGAGCUGAUGGGGACCUAAGAAGGGCAGAGACAAGAAGGUAGCUGAUCCCUGCUUCUGCUUGCAUGAUACACCUUAACGAUGCUCAGCACUCAUUAAGCACUUUACAGCAGUCCUGUCGGGUAGGUAACUGCUGUCCCUUUCCUAGGCAAUCAGCCGCAGUGGCAGGACUAGGACAACUCAGGAAUUAAUGACCCAGAGCGCCCUUUGGUGCUGCAGGCAGAGAAAGCCCUGCUCCAACUCUAACCCCUCACUGGGAGCUCACUGCAUCACCCCUCUAUCCAGAGUGAGCAAACAGGGAUUUUUGUGGAAAUCAGGCUUUUCUGGUUUUCCAGUUGUCACCCAAAUCCAUAGAGUUCUGCCCACUAAUGCCUAGAAUAGCCUCUGAAAGUCUGCAACAGAUCGACUGUGGUUUUCAGAAGCUGCCACGUGACAGACGGGCAAACAGAGAAAUGUCGGCGAGUAGAGCGUAAGGCCUUGUUUCGCCUGGCCAGCUCUCAUGUGGGCAGCAACAAACUAGAACUGAUCAGCACAAUGGCACUAAGCCCAGCCAAGCAUGAAGCCAGCUGGGACCAAAGCUGGGCCCAGUGGAAGGGUCUGAGCGGAAAACCUGGGAACUGCUUUGGAACUGCCACCACAGGGACAAAACCCGGGUGGAUCUGCUACAUAGUCAGGGCAAAACACAACAGAAACACCAAGAGAGCUCCAAGAAAACAUGUGCAAGACCCUCUGCUCCUCCUAGCCCAGCUCCAGGGCCGUCCUUAGGAUUUAUGGGGCCCUACGCAGGAUUGUUAAACUAGUGCCCCUUUGCUUCACUGAAGGCGGUCCCCAGCCGGCGCUGCUGACCCCAGUGUGUCGAGAGGGCACAGCCACCACCCCCGCCCACAGACC